AAAUGAGCUGAGAAGCUGAUAGUUGAUGGACGCAAGCUCUUGUAAAUCGAAUGGGCUAAAAAAGCCAAUAACUAAUGGGCUCAAAGGCCAAUAGCAUUUUCUGAUGAACUGAUAAGUUUAAAAGCUGAUAACAUAUUUCUGAGUCUUCCAAGUCAAGGAGUUAACAAACUCAUGAGACCUGUAAGAAUUCAUUCUAAACAUAGAACUUGACAAGAUCCCAUUAGUUCAUCACUAAUCAAUAAUAUAUGAGAUGCAUCAACAUUAAAGUGAAAGUUGCGGAUUCCUUUCGCCCCACUCCAUGCAUAGACCAGGCCUCAUCUUUGCAGCUCUUCUUCUUCUUCUUCUCAUCUUUGCAGCUCUUCUUCUUCUUCCUUUCGCCUUAAUUCAUGAGACCAACAAUGCCGAACAUAAACAUCACUGUCCACCUUCUUCUUGUGGAAAUAAUCUGAAAAUUAGCUACCCUUUCAGAUUAAACACAGAUCCCCCAUCCUGUGGACUGACUAAAGUCCCAGUAUAUACUUUAUCUUGUGAGAACAACCUUACAGUAUUGCAUUUUAAAUCAGGAAAAUUCUACGUGAAAGCAAUCAAUUAUGGCAAUCAAACAAUUCGAGUAGCUGAUGCCAGUGUUGAGGCAGGUAGCUGCUCCAUACCUCAGUAUUCCCAGGCCGCCUAUUACUUCUUAAAGUUUUCUCGAGAUCAUUAUCAUCAUUAUCCAUAUCUUGUUUAUCCUUGGGAAAGAAGUCUUUUCAUAAGUUGUGAAAAACCUGUAAAUGCUCCUCUCUAUGUGGAAGCUCCUGCCUGCAGCAACGGCAGCUCUUUCUCCACACCUUAUAGGGCUGAAUCUGAAGGCAAAAGGUAUUAUUAUGGGAAAAUUGGAGAAACCACUUUACAUGAGUUAAAACCUUCAUGCCGUAUUGAGUCAGUGGCAGUUAUACCAUCAAUACAGGAGAAGAAUUACGAGGACCACUCCUACCUAGACAUCCAACACGGGUUAGCCUAUGGAUUUGAGUUGUCCUGGAGUAAUGCUUUCUGUGGAAAGGGCUGGUGGGCUUAUCGCUACAGUAUUAAUCCGGAAAACCAUUGUGUUCUUUCAUAUUCUUAUGUAAUUGUUGUGCCAUGGCACGUAGUCGUAGCUGUUCUAGGAAUUCCAAUUUUUAUCAUAUUUUUGGUCUUCAAAUGGAGGAGAAGGCAUUUAUCCAUGUAUAAUUCUAUUGAAGAAUUUUUGCAAAGCAACAAUAAUCUAAUGCCUGUAAGGUAUUCUUACUCAAAAAUCAAGAAGAUGACCAAUGGUUUUAAGGAGAAAUUGGGUGAGGGCGGUUUUGGUCAAGUUUACAAAGCAAAGCUUAAGAGUGGUCGCCUUGCAGCAAUAAAGAUGUUGGGCAAAUCAAAAGGUACAGGACAAGAUUUUUUCAAUGAAGUUGCUACCAUUGGAAGAAUUCACCAUGUCAAUGUGGUACAAAUGGUUGGCUUUUGUGUUGAAGGAUCAAAACGUGCCCUUGUGUAUGACUUCAUGCCUAAUGAUGAGAACUUCACUCCAAAAAUCUCUGAUUUUGGUCUUGCUAAGUUAUAUCCUAUAGAAGGUAACACUGUGUCCUUGACUGCGGCAAGAGGAACAAUAGGUUAUAUGGCGCCUGAAUUGUUUUACAGAAACAUAGGAAGUGUCUCUUACAAAGUUGAUGUUUAUAGUUAUGGGAUGUUAUUGAUGGAAAUGGCUAGUAGAAGAAAGAAUGUGAACCCAUUUGUAGAGCAUUCGAGUCAAAUCUACUUUCCUUCAUGGGCAUCUGAGCAAUUGAACAGAGGAAUGGAGCUGGAAAUACAAGAAGCUACAGAAGAUCAAAAGAGAAUUGUAAAGAAAAUGGUCAUUGUAGGUUUGUGGUGCAUACAGAUGACAGAUGAAGCCAAGUGAUCGCCCUUCAAUGAACAAAGUCAUAGAGAUGCUUGAAGCAAAACUUGAGAGCUUACAAAUGCCUCCCACUCCUUUCCAGUUUUAUCCCCAUGCUAUUCAACAAGAUGAAGUUACUGAGAUAACCAACCUUAGAGAGUCUUCUAGUAGUUCUUCUUCAUGCAAUGGUAUAGAGAUUGAGUCAAUUAGUUUACUUGGAAAUGGAAAUUAAGUGGAAUGGUAGCA